GAAGUUCAAGCAUGUGAACGCCGUAUGAUUUCUUCAGCGCUUCCUGAAUAGCGCCGCGGAUGCUCUAGAAAACAUUAACACUUACGUUUUGUUUACUAAUUCACUUCUUUAGUGUCAGAAUGAAAAUGCGGUUUAUAAUUUUGAUUUCUUUGUUUGUUAUUGGAGCAAAGGCGGGGAAGUACUCGAAAGAGAUGAAUGAACAAAAGGCAUCUGAUAACAGCAAUAAUCAGGUGGAAUUCAGGAUUGCCAAACUUAAUCAGAUCUGGGAAAAGGCGACAAGGAUGCAGCUUGCACCGGUGCGGCUGUCAGAACUGCACAGUGACUUGAAGAUUCAGGAGAAAGACGAGCUUCAGUGGAAAAAACUGAAAGCAGAAGGGUUGGACGAGGAUGGAGAGAGAGAAGCCAAGCUCAGACGCAAUUUUAAUAUUAUUCUGGCAAAGUAUGGAAUGGAUGGGAAAAAGGACACCCGGACAUUGGACAGCAACAGACUGAAAGAUCAUGAUGUUAAUGAGGGAGAUACAUUUGAUGACCCAAGGCUGGACAAGCUGUGGAACAAGGCCAAGACUUCUGGAAAGUUCUCUGACGAGGAACUUCAGACCCUUCAGAGAGAAUUCAAGCACCACAAAGACAGAAUCAAUGAGUAUAACAUUGUCAUGGACACUGUCAGCCGGACAGAAGAGAUCCAUAAGAAUGUAAUCAGUCCUCUAGAGGGUGAAGUGAAGGAACAUGUUCUCCAUCAGAAACAUGCAGACCUGAAGCAGAGAAUGAGGGACCUCAACCAGGGCUUUGAACGACUCCGCAAGAUCACCCAUGAGGGUUACAGUGCCGACAGCGAAUUUAAGGAGCCAAGAGUCAUAGAACUUUGGGAAAUGGCAAAACGAUCUAAUCUGAGCGAAGACGAACUGGAUUCUCUUAAAGAGGAACUUAGACACUUUGAAACAAAGGUGGAGAAGCACCAGCACUAUCAGGAACAGCUGGAACUGUCUCAUCAGAAACUGAAGCAUGUGGAAGCCCUGGGAGACAAAGAGCACAUCAUGAGAAACAAAGAAAAAUACAACACUCUUGCUGAGAAAGCACGAGAAAUGGGAUACAAGAUGAAGAAACACUUACAGGAUUUGACGAAUAAGAUUUCCCAAAAUGGAUUGCGACACAACGAACUCUGAACACUACUGUCAGCAAUAAUCAUUCAUAGGUCACAAAUGCAGUAUUCUAAAAUGAUAUCCAACACAGAUUGGCUGAGGUUAUAAAGGUACGGCAUAUUGGACAUGAAUUUAACAUUUCCAUUGGGAUGCUAGACUAUUUGGUAAAUUAUGAUUUUAUUUUAAAAUGGUACUCUAUAAUGAUCAGUUCUGCUUUUUUGCUCAUUUCCCAUUUUGUGUUUGUACAGAAGAUGAUUUAGCCAGCAAACUGAUGUAUGUUAUCCACAUUCUAUUAAUUGUGGAAAAAUUUGUUUGUGGCUCAAUUUAUGUUUAAUAAUAGUUGCUUAACAACAGCAAACGUGUAGCAUCCCACAAACGUGGGUGCAAAAUAAUUUAACAUUCCUCUACAACAUAUGUACACGGCAUAAAGCUUUCACACAUGAAAAAGUUCCUGAGCAUCCUAAGAUUUAAAUGUUGCAGAAUGAUACCCCUUCAUGAACUGAACAGCUAAACUUUGUCAGGAAAAAGGUGUGCUCCAGUGGAGAAAGAGAAGCCGAGCUCACGCACUACAUUAGUUAUUUGGCAAGGCAGACCUUGAGUCAACCAUAAUAUUGACUAAAUCACUAAAUAGCUUUGGGUACAUGGGGCAUUUCUAUAAUUGACAGUGUUUGUCCCAAGGUAGACCUGAAUCAACAUCCUCAUGGUUUAAACAGUCCCAUGAGGUAGACACUGAGAUUUGUCAUAAAAAAAUCUAAUUUAACCAACACUAAUUCUUUAAUCUAUGACAUUGUUAUUACUAAUCUAACAAAAGUUUGUGAUUUUAAAAUCUUCAUAUUCAUACGAAUCCUAUAAUCCACCAUCGUAAUGAAUGAUCAGGAAUGUGAUCUCCACAAAUAAUUGAAAAGCUUUUGUAGAAGUCCGUGUUCUGCUCAUUUCAUGUUGCACAUUUCAUAAUAAAACAAACUUCCUGAG